UCAUCUCUAGAGAUAGAGAGAGAGAGAGAGAGAGAGGAGAGAGAUUCACUGGCCGCUCCACGUCCUUCUGUAACAAAAGUAGGAGACCACUUCCCCCAAAACUCUCCGUACUACAAUAGUGAAUAAUUAACAACCCCAACCCGCACGAUCUGCUAACAUAAGCCUACCGACCAUCCUCGGCUAACCUAAGCCCCGUGCAACUUUCACCAUGCCCUCCCUCAAACUCUCAAUCGUCGCCUCCGUUUACGCCCCCUAUAAAUUGGCGCGCACCACGUUAUCCUCCUCCCCAACCACCGCCGUAGCACCGAGACCCAAGCUCCUCAACCGCCGCCUAGACAGAUUUCGGCCGCCGGGGUGGUGGUUAACGCCUUGCGCACCCCUCAUCCACCUGGCGCGCGAUAACAAGUCCCCCUCGUUUGGCAACCUAGGGUUUCGUGGCCAGAAACUUUUCAGCAUUUCGUCCGAAGAGAGAGGGAGUGAUAUGUGUUCCGAGAAUAAAGGCGAUCAAUGGCCGCCGCCGCCGCCGGAGGAGACGUUAACGGCGGGGAAUAACAACCAUUAUGACCACCGGCAACCGCCGUCGCCGGAGAAGCACCAGCAGAACUCGGCGAAAUUGCUCACAUUGCCCACUAUAUUGACCAUCGGCCGCGUCGCUUCCGUUCCUCUUCUCGUUGGCACUUUUUAUGUGAAUAGUCGGUGGGGUACAACUGCUACUACAAGUAUUUUUAUUGCUGCAGCAAUUACAGAUUGGCUCGAUGGGUACAUUGCUCGUAAGAUGAGGUUAGGAAGUGCAUUUGGUGCUUUUCUAGAUCCAGUGGCUGAUAAGCUCAUGGUUGCUGCCACCUUAGUCUUGUUGUGUACACAAACCUUGGAAGUUCCUAUGUUUGGACUAGUGCCAUGGCUAUUGCCUGUACCUGCAAUUGCAAUAAUUGGUAGAGAGAUAACUAUGUCUGCAGUUAGAGAAUGGGCUGCUUCUCAAAGUAGUAAACUUUCGGAGGCUGUUGCUGUGAAUAAUUUAGGGAAGUGGAAAACAGCCACGCAGAUGAUUGCACUAACCAUCCUCCUAGCAGCUAGAGAUAGCAGUCUCUCAGGGGCAGGUACUCUAGUUGCUUCUGGCCUUGCUUUGCUAUAUAUAUCUGCAUGGCUAGCUGUGUGGUCGUUAGUGGUGUAUAUGAGGAAGAUAUGGAAAGUGUUGCUGAAGUAGCCAUUCUGGCCUUCUAACCUCGUGUAGGUUUCAACAUUCAUCCCAGAGGGGUCCGUAUAGUAUAUAUGUAUACAACACCGUAAUUAUAAUUGAUCCCCCUUCAUCACCAGAGAAUUUCUUACGAGUUGAUUGAAUGGGAGGCUGCUUGAAGAGGUUGUUGCAUUGGUCGCAUUCUAUUGAAUUAGGUUGGAAGAAUCAUGUCCACUGUCUUGUUUUGGGACUUUUCCAGGGUCGUUUAAAUUCUUAACCUUCUGGUUGAUUAUUUUUUUAAUGAACCAAUCCAAUAUUGAUUUUGGACGAUUGUUAAUUAUCAGUCGCUUGUACUCCUCCAUUAGGAUCAUUAGGAACACUUGUGAGCUUGAAGACCGAUCUGGAGCAUCUUCAACGCAUUUGUCUGAUUUUUAACAGAAGUGAUUUUGUUGAUGCAUUGUUUUGUCGUCCUCAAUGUUGAUAUGACAAGAAAAUAUAAAUUGAUUUUGAGGUGCGUAAUUGUUUCAGGAUCUUGAACAAAA